GAUUAGAUAAGCAGUGGAAACGACCACACUCAAAAAGCUGGAACCAAGAAAAUUCUUCUGCAGAAUCAACAAACUGCUCUCAUGUUUGCUCGGCUAUGUCGCCAUGGCUUCUCAACUGCUGUACGGUUGUGAAAGGUAGCCAUUCAGACAGUAAUGUGCCGUCAUAUCUCAGCCACAGCGCUUGCAAUGCCGUGGUGCGAUGCACAAGGUAGGUUGGCACCGACUGGCAAACUGUCAAACUCAAAGAGUCUCUCUCUCGUUCCGCUGAGCCUGCUUGGUUUUGGCACCACACACCAUCCUGCCAAAGGUAUGUCUACGUUCUUUUUCAUGCCCCUCCACCACUUCCGCUGUCGUCAUGAUGAGCGUAAUUUGCGAUUGAUACCGUGUGGAUGGUCCCCUUUCGCCGGGGCGACUAUAUCCGGCGGACAAAUGAUAGUCAUUCUUACAUAUUCUGAACACGACGACACUAUUACCUCCAUUGUACCCUUUUCAACAUCUCGCCUUGUCUUGGACUGUUGGCUAAUAAGGGUUACAGAGACAGGAAAAGUCCAACAGAGACAAUAGGCUGUCCCGUAGUGGUACGCACCUCUCUUGCAAAAUAGAAUCCUCCGUAGGACGAGCGUGCUCAUUACUCGGGAGAAAAC